CUGAGCCUGAGCGGGGCGGGGCCGCCGGAGCUGUAGGUGCUGUAGCUAGGUCCCGACAGGUGCGCGAGGCAGAGCACCUGGGACCGGUGGCAGGGCUGGUAGCCGCGCAUUGAAAAGACUGCUUUUAGUCAGGUAUUUCAGUAUCUGUAGACAAGAUGGAAUCAACUCCAUUUAAUAGACAGCAAUGGACUUCACUAUCAUUGAGGGUCACGGCCAAAGAACUUUCUCUUGUCAACAAGAACAAGUCAUCGGCUAUUGUAGAAAUAUUCUCCAAGUACCAGAAAGCAGCGGAAGAAGCAAACACGGAGAAGAGGAGAAAUAACACUGAAAAUCUCCCCCAGCACUUUAGAAGGGGGAUCCUGACUGUGUUAAAGAAGAAGUGGGAGAACCCGGUGCCGGGAGCCGAGUCUCCCCCCGACUCGCUGCGAAACAGCAGCCCUGAGGUCAGGCACAGAGACGACCGUCCUUCUGCUGAAGUGGUAAGCCCCUCUGCCCCUGGGGCUGAAGCUAACCGGGACGAACGAGUCCACCCCAGACCUAGACUUGGAUCCCCUCCUGAAGCCCUUAUUCAGCAUCCGUAUCCCCGCAUCGAGGACAGUGAGCAUCUUCAAGACCACUCAACAGAAAGUAAAAAAAUGGAAAAUUGUCUGGGAGAGUCCAGGCAUGAAGUAGGAAAACCUGAAAUCAGUGAACACACAGAAGCUGCAAACAAAAUAGAGAAAUACAGUGUUCCGCUGAACAGACUUAAGAUGAUGUUUGAGAAAGGCGAACCAACUCAAACCAAGAUUCUUCGAGCCCAAAGCCGAAGUGCAGGUGGAAGGAGGAUCUCAGAAAACAGCUAUUCUCUGGAUGAUUUGGAAAUAGGACCAGGUCAGUUGUCACCUCCUGCUUUCAACUCAGAGAAAAGCGAGACUAGGCGAAAUCUGGAGAUCCCGCGCCUGUCAGAAACCUCCAUUAAGGACCGAAUGGCCAAGUACCAGGCAGCUGUGUCUAAACAAAGCAGUUUCACCAACUAUACAAAUGAAUUGAGAGCCAAUGGCAGUGAAAUCAAAACUCAUAAAUUGGAGCAAAAGGAGAAUGUGCCCCCAGGUCCUGAGGUCUGCAUCUCCCACCAGGAUGGAGAAAAGGUUUCUUCAACGGAGAAUAGCCUGGCAGUCCAUUCCACCCCUGCAGAAGAUGACUCCCGUAAACAUUCGUUCUUAGAUCUUGAGGCAGGUAACUCCCAGGUUAAGAGUGAGGUCCAGCAGCCAGUCCAUCCUAAGCCACUAAGUCCAGAUGCCAGAGCCUCCGGCCUUUCGGAAAGUUCUCCUCCCAAAGUAGUGAAGAAGUUUCAGGCACCUGCCAGAGAGACCUGCGUGGAAUGUCAGAAGACAGUCUACCCGAUGGAGCGUCUCUUGGCCAAUCAGCAGGUGUUUCACAUCAGCUGCUUCCGUUGCUCCUAUUGCAACAACAAACUUAGUCUGGGAACAUACGCAUCAUUACAUGGGAGAAUCUAUUGCAAGCCUCACUUCAAUCAACUAUUUAAAUCUAAAGGCAACUAUGAUGAAGGCUUUGGGCACAAACCACACAAGGAUCUGUGGGCAAGCAAAAAUGAGAAUGAAGAGACAUUGGAGAGACCAGCCCCGCUUCCAAACGCAGGAGAGACCCCUCAGAGCCCAGGGGUAGAAGAUGCCCCCAUCGCGAAGGUGGGUGUGCUGACCGCAAGCAUGGAAGCCAAGGCCUCCUCUCAGCUGGAGAAAGAAGACAAGCCCGCUGAAACCAAGAAGUUGAGGAUCGCCUGGCCGCCGCCCACUGAACUUGGCAGUUCGGGAACUAUGUUGGAGGAAGGCAUCAGAGUAUCCAAGCCUAAAUGGCCUCCUGAGGAUGAAACCAGCAAGCCGGAAGCUCCGGAGGAUGUAGAUCUGGAUCUGAAGAAGCUAAGACGAUCUUCUUCACUGAAGGAAAGGAGCCGCCCAUUUACCGUAGCAGCUUCAUUUCGAACCACUUCGGUCAAGAGCCCGAAAACCUUGUCCCCACCUUUCAGGAAGGGCUGGAGCAUGUCAGAACAGAGUGAGGAAUUUGUAGGAGGAAUAGCAGCAGGAAGGAAACAAGUGGAAAAUGCCAGUGCCUCUGAGAAGAACGGGAAUGUGGGAAAAACAACCUGGCAAAACAAGGAAUCUAAAGGAGGGGAGGCAGGGAGGAGAAGGAAGGAAGGUCAUGGUUUUGAGAUGGGGAGUGAGAGUCUUGUAGAAAAUGGUGCAAACUUAGAUGAAGAUGAUAGAAGCCUUUUCAAACAGCAGUCUCCACUAGAACCGAAGUCCCCAAAUGGGUCCAGCUUUGUAGACAACACCUCCAUGAAAGAAAUCACUACUCAGAAUCAGAAACCCCAAGAUGUAGGAGUCUGGGAGGGAGACGUAGUCAAAGAGCUUUCUGUAGAGGAGCAGAUAAAGAGAAAUCGGUACUACGAUGAGGAUGAAGAUGAGGAAUGACAAAUUGCAAUGGUGCUGGGCCUUACAUUUGUGUUAGUGGUAGUGAGCCAGAGCCCUCUGUCAGAGUAAUGCACAAACACAGUUACCUUAGCAUGAACUGUAAUUUAUGGGGAAGUAAUUUUGGGAAAGAGUUCUUGCUUCAAAAAAAUCCCGUACUGCAGCUUAUCUCUAAAUGCUAGAGAUAGCAUUAUCUGUAUCCUCUAUUUUAGCCAUGAUGAUAUACAUAAGUGCUUUAAGGUCAUAUGGGGGGUGGGGGGAACAUUCCAACUGAUAUAGUCAGGAUUCCACUGUAUUCCCAAAAGGCAAUAUGAAAAUAGAUCAUUAGUAAUACAUUGUUACACUAAACAUUCAAAUAUGGAAUUAGUGAACAUACAGAAGAGAUUUAGGGGCUUAAAUAUUAUGACUGAAUGCACUUUAGUAUAAAGGGCACAGUUUGUAUAUUUUUUAAUGAAUACCAAUUUAAUUGUUUAGUAUUCAUCAGUUAAGAGAUCAAAUAUUUAGUCUUUUAAAAAAAAUUUUUUUAGGUUAAUUUUCUUACGCUGUUAUAUAUGGGGAAUGUAUUGCUUUAUAUCCUGCUCUCUAAACCACAUCCUGAACUGGAUUCUUGAGAUAUUACAGAACCACCUUUUUGAAGCACCUUUUGAGCACCUUUGGUGCUUGGAGAUAUCUACUGUCUCCCAAAUAAACUAUGGUAUUUGCCAAUGAGUUUGACUGUACCCCAGGUGAUUGCCUUCUUCUCUGGUGGUAUCUGUGCUUCUCAUAAUUUACUGAAAGCUGCAAUAUUUUUAUAAGAUCUUUUAUAUUGCUGUUUGCCAUGUUGCAUGUUAGCGCAAAAUGAGUUUAAAGAAGGAAUAACAGGAAAAAAAUGCCUUAAGCCACUUGAGCUCCAGCCCCCAAACUCUAUAUUCCACUUGAUAAUUCCCUUUCAGGGACACUAGUUUUUAAAUUCAUAUCAGCUCCUAAUUGUAUUGAUUUUUUGGGGCAGACAGUAUUCCCGGGGUGCAAUUAAACCAAUUAUAGGCAUUUGUUGGGGGAUGGUUUUCUAGUAUUAAGGCUUUGGAACAUUAUAAACUUGAGUACAUUUGUUGUACAUAAUUGAUAUUGCAAAUUGUAUGUGGGGAAGAGAGAUGUUUUAAGCUAUAGGCUUUUCUUUGUACUGCAUUUUUAGAGAUUUAGCGCUAAUAUUUUUUAGAGAUGUAAAAUAUUCUGCUUUCUUACAGUCUUGCUUAGUCUGAAACAUUUUUAUUCAAUAAAGCU